AUGGAGUCUCCCCCGCUGCCCGCCGCCGAGGGGAGCGGAGGGCCCCGGAGGCAGCAGCUGCAGGUGGACGGCUGGUGGGCGCGGGCGGUGCGCCGGCGCCUGGCCACGCAACUCCAAGACACGGGCCAUGCAGAGCCGGCACAGGUGGAGACGCUGCUGGCCGAGCUGCUGGUGGUGUGCUCCGCGGUGCUGCAGAAGAGCAGCCGCCGGUCCUGGCUGCAGCUGCUGGAGGCGCUGCGGCUGCUGGCCCCCUUCCGCGGGCUCCUGGCCGGCCGGCCGGAGCUGCUGCCCUACCUGGAGGGCCUCUACUACCAGUACCGCAGCAGCCAAGCCUUGGUGUCGGACCUGGACAUCCUGGGAGCCAUGGGGCGGGCCUUCCCCCGGGACCACUCCCUGCUGUGGGCUCCUCCGUGGGCCGCUUGCCCCCGAGAGCCCGAGCCCCCGGCCAAGGCGCUGCCCUCUGGCCCCCAGCCGGCCUUUGCCGGCCUGCCCUGCCCUUUCACCACCGCCGACUGGGUGUUGGAGGAGGCCUCUGGCUUGGUGCGCCCGGCCCCUGUGUCCCUGCAGGAGCUGCAGCGGUGCCUUGGAGCAGUCGCCGGGGAGGAGGCCCCCCGUGCCGGCUGCCUAGGCCUCAUGGCUCUGUCUUUAGCCACAGACGUGCCGACAGAAUACAUCCCCUGGGCGGCGCGAGAAGAUGGCGCAGCGACGGCAGCAGAGCCUUCGUUAGAGCCCAAAGCCUCCCUGGCCGUGCCGGUCUGUGUGCGUGAGAAGGCGGUGGGGGUCCCAGUAGGUGAGCGACAGGCCGUGACGGGUCUGGAGGCAGUGGAGGUCUUUGUCCGGAACCGACACGUGGGGCAAAUCCACUUCUUGUACCUGAAUGUUGCCCCCAGGCGGCACUUCAGGCCCUAUGACCUGGUGGUGGUUCCGAAGCGGCUGGCCGACCCCCAGCACUACGUCUUCUCCCCCUUUGGGGUGCUGCACGUCCACCCCGAGGAGGGCACGGAAGCCCUGACGCUGGGCGCCUGGCACCGGCAGGCAGUGCUCUGGCAGCUGCUGCAGCAUAUCCCCUUCUUCCGCCUUUUCCUGGUCCGCAAAGCCUUUGUCCGAUGGUUCUGCAACAUGAGACACCUUCGACACCUGAAGUACCGGGAGAUGGUGGCCUCCCAGUUGCUCCAUGCGGUGCCUCACUUUGGAGCGGCUUUGCUUCACAUUUCCAGGCUCUUGCAGGAGCUGUGGACGGUCCAUUGGCUGCCCCAAAACACCACCAAGUGCUACGGCUUUGUGGAACUGCAGCGAGGCCUGGCCCAGGAGAACAGCAAUGCCCAAGACCUGCUCCACAGGUUCCUCACCCUCUGCUCCUCCAUCCUGGAGCUGGUGCGGGAUGACACCUACAAGAUGGUGGACGAGCUGCAGGCGCGGGUGCAAGGCCAGAGGCUCUACGUCACCAAGGAGUCCUUGUACCAGCAGCGGAUAGAAUCCGAGGGUCUGCAGCGCCGCCUGCGGGAGGCCGAGUCGUGGCUGCAGAAGCUGGGCUUCCUGGCCCCACUGGUGAACUUCCUCAUCUGCCAGACCCUGGUCUCCAUUGUGCAGGAAGAGGUCACCGCCUUUGUCACCCACACCAUGCGGGCAGAUGGCACCAAGCGGAAGGCUGUCAUCCAGGUGGAGCUGGUGUUUGGCCUGGAGGAGCAGUUGGCGCUCUUCCCCUCCCCCCAGGAGCUGGACGCCUGCCUCUUGGGGGCCCUGGAUGCCGUGGUGGAGUCGGUCUUGCUGGUGACACAGAUCGAGGCGCCAGGAACUCUGGAGAAGCUGCAUCCGGCCACGUCUGAACAUGAGGGAAAUCCUGCCCAGCUGAACGCCACCUCAGGGAAAAGCCCGGCGCAGGGGGCGGGCCAGGGACUGCCUGAGCUGGUCCACAGAUCUCCCCUGGAGGGGCUGGCUGGGGAGGACCCCCAGCUGGUGCACCACCUGGACCUGAAGGCGAUGGGCGGCCUGGAGGUGGUGGGCCACCGGCUGCGUGGCCAGUACCCCUUGCUGUCCCGAGAGCAGCUGGAGAAGGACCUGCGGUCAGACGGCAUCCUCCAGAAGGCUCGGGCCAAGCAGCAGGCCCUGCUGACGGCUGCCCUGACGGAGACCCAGCAUCUGUACCGCGAAUACUCUUGGCUGGGUGAGUUCUACCACUUUGCCCACAGCUGGGGGGCCAGCCAGCUGGAGGAGAUGAAGGGCUGGCCGUGCGAGGACUACGUGAACCGAAUCGUCAAGCUGCGCACGUGGAUGAGCCGCGUCAAGCAAGUUCCGCAGUCCGUCGUCACAUCCAACCGCCUCUUCUUCGUGGACUGCACCGGCAUCCACCAGGACAUCUUGCCGCUGCUGGCGUCCAUCAACGAGGACAUCCUGGCUCUCUUGCUGAGAGAGACCACGCAGCGGAGCCAGCUCCUGAUUGCCGAGAUGUCCGGCGUCCUGCAGCUGUACCUGAACGUCAGCAGUGACAUUUUCACCAUCGCCAGGUGCUCCCAGAAGCUGGAGCAGUACCAAGGACAGAUGGCUACACUGCAGGAGUCUGUGGACUACGUACGGUCCCUCAACGAGGUCAUCCACCAGUGUUUCCGCCCUCUUAGCACCAGCGAAGAAAGCCUGGAAAACUCGCUCCUGGACACCUGGGACACCUUUGUGUACCAGCAGCGGGAGGUCUCGGACUACAUCGUCUCCCGGCGCCUGACCAUCAUCGCGGAGCUCAGCAGCUCCCUCCAGAAGGCCAUGCGGGAGCUCCAGGAGGUGCUGGCCACGGUCACGGUGGGCCGUUUCCGGGACCCUGCCCAAAACCCUCGCGCUAUGGAGGAGGAGCUGCACAAACUCCUGCACCACUUCCAGGAGACGGUGGUGCGCACUGCUGAACUCUGCCGUUCCCAGCGGAUCCUGACCGGGGAGUGCAUGGACGUCUCCUUCGUCACUGCGAGACAGGGGGUCAUCGAGCUUCACGUGUGCAUCUGGCAGCUCUUCCGCAUCGUCUCCGAGCAGAUUACGGAGUGGAAGUGCCUGACUUUUUUCAAGUUCAAUGCCACGCAGGCCAUGGAGAAGACAGACGAAUGGCUCAGCGAGGCCGCCCGCCUGGAGGGCAGCCUGUCCACCAGCCACCCGGUCCUGCAGGCGUGCGUGUGGGCCAUCAAGAACCUGCAGAAGUACCUGCCCUUGCUACAGAAGCUCGGCAGCCAUUUCAUCAAGGUCGGCUGCUGGAAGGAGAUCUUUGCCGUCAUGGGUGCCAAGUGCCCCCUGAACAUGCAGUUCACCCUGAGUCAGCUCCUCGCAUAUCCCCUGUUGGAGCACAUCGACAGCAUCUUGCGGAUCUACUCCUGCGAGAAGGGCCGCUAUCGCUUCAGGGACACCCUGAAUCGCCUGCAGAAGCUCUGGUCUGAGAAGCAGUUCCGCCUUGUCAACUUUAUCCUGAAUGUGCCGUAUCAGCCCCAGGCUGAACGCUCCCGCCGGCCAGCUGGUGGCCGUCAGCGCCCCGCCAAGCGUGAAUACAUCUCCAAAGACAGCGGCACCUACGUCUUGUCCGACACUGCUGAGCUGAAGGCCGCGGUUGAGCAGAGCCUCUUGACCUUCCAGAACAUGAUCCUGUCCCCUUACUCCUCUGAACUGCAGGAGGAGGCGGUGAACUGGACCGCCACUCUGCGUUCCUUCGAAUCCCUCCUGGAGGCCUGGGUCAGUUUCCAGCAGAAAUGGAUUUUCUUGAACAUUGUGCUGUAUGAGAUGGACAUCAGCCUGCCCAGCGCACAGCUGGAGUCUCGGUUCCAGGUGGUGGAUGCCCACUUCCGGGAGUUCAUGCGGGUGACGUGCCAGGACCCCCUGGUGCUGUCCAGCGUCAGGCUGCUGCCCAGCUCUGGCCGGGAGAGCCGCUUUGUCGGCGGCCCCUUGCAGGCAGCGUUGACGGAGGCCUCGGGAGAACUGCAGGGCAUCAUCCGGGCCCUGGACUACGUGCUGGAGACCACCCGCAUGGGCUUCCCCCGCCUCUUCUUCCUCAGCAACGAGGAGCUGGUGGCCAUGGUGGCUACGACUGCGGAGCCGGCCGACGCUUCCGCCUGGUCCCGGCGCUGCUUCCCAGGCGUGCGGCAGCUCCAGCUGCUGGUGCCUUCUGCCGCCCAGGUGUUCAACACGUUCUCCGCCCAACCGCCAGAGCUGCAGGUGGCGGGGCUGGUGGGGGAGCAGGGCGAGAAGCUCCGGCUGUGUGGGGCGGUGCCCCUCGGCCGGAAGGCCCCGCAGUGGCUGAGUGCCCUGGAGCGGGCCAUGAAGGAGACCCUCUUCCACAAGCUGCAGGACUGCCUGGCCCAGCGGCUGGCCCUGCGGCCACAGCUCGACCUGGCCUUCGAGAAGCCCCCCGGCCCCACCGACCUGCCCCUCCACCUGCUGGCCGAGCACUGGGCCAGCCUGGGCGUGGCCUUCCCCGUCCAGUGCGUGCUGCUGGCCGAGGAGGCCUUGUGGCGUGCUGACCUGGAAGAGGCUCUGGGGGGGGAGCCCCGCGGCCAGGUGGGGCUGGCCCUCAAGCUGGCCCUCAAGCUGGAGGCCCUGACCCACUACACACGCAACCACCGCUGCCUCCACACCUGGCAGCCUGACAGUGACGCCCUGGGGGUCCUGCUGGGGGGUCUCUUGGUCGUCACGAUCCAGCAGCGUGACGUCCUUUCUCAGCUGCGGGCGCAGAAGGUGAGCUCCCCCCAGGCCUUUGAGUGGGCCCGGCACUUCAAGUACCGCGUGGCCCUGAAAGCCGAGAAAGCCAAGGUCGCCCGGGUGGCCCAGGGCAGAUGGGUGGGCGGCCCCCCUGGCUGCUGGGCGGAGGUCCUGGACAGCAGCUUCCCUUACGACUACGAGUACCUGGGGCCCGGCCUGCGCCUGCUGGAGAGCCCCUCCCUCGACAGGGCCUUCCUGGGGCUGCUCCUGGCCUUGGAUGAUUUCCGCUGCGGGGGGCUGCUGGGCCACCAGGGCGUGGGCAAGACCCACACGGCGCAGGGCCUGGCCCAGGCGCUGGGCCGCCAGCUGGUCACCCUGCAGUGCUCCGCGCACAUGUCCGCCAGCUGCCUCGGACGCUACCUCUCGGGGGCCGUGCACGCGGGGGCCCUGCUGCUCCUGGAGAUGGUGGAGCAGCUGGAACCGGCCGUGCUCUCUGCCCUCAGCCAGCGCCUCGCCGACCUCCGCAGGCUGUGCUUGAAUGUGAGGGAAGGGAGGGGGGGCACGACCGGCCCCUCUCCCACCAGCCAGGAUUCUGCAGACUCCAACAGCGAAAGCGAGGGGCAGCCGGCUGCCGCUUUGCCGGAGCUGGGCGCGGAUGAGGCUGAGCCGUACCAUCCCCGGGUCGUAGGCAACAUCCUCUUUGGUGGCCGGCUGCUUCGGGUGCGGGAGACGUAUGGCUGCCUGGCCACCCUCGGGUGCCUCCCGGAGCCCCUGCGCCUGGUCCUGCGGCCCCUGGUCAUCCUGCCCCCGGACCUGACCAAGCUGGCCGAGGUCACUCUGCUGGCGGCGGGCUUCCGGGAGGCCACGCGCCUAGCCGAGAAGCUGAGUACCUUCCUGUGCCUGGAGGGGGAGCUGGGCCCGGCCCCCCCGGCCAGCCGAGCAGCCCUCGUCAGGGAGGUGGUGGGCAGAGCGGUCCGCACUUUGUUCUUCCCGGCGCCUCGGCAGGAGCCGGCCCUGCCCAAGGCCCGGCCCUCCCCCGUCUUCUUCUUUGGCCUGGAGGAGGAGCCAGCUGUGGUGAAAGCCUUGUGCUCCUCGCCUUUACUCAGCGGCCCCGAGUGCCCCCGCUGGCACCACGUGUGGGACUUGCUGCGGGGCAUCUUCCCCUCCAGCACCCUGCAGCUCCCUGAGCCUCCGGCCUUCCCACGCCUCCAGAGUGCCCUGCUGGCCCAGCUCCACGAGGACAAGCUGCACCCGGAGCCCCAGCUCCUCAGCACUGCCGGCCAGCUCUUCCAGGCCCUGGCCGGCUCCCCCAGCAUCCUUUUGCUGGGGCCCCCCGGCAGCGGCAAGACCACCGCCUGGCGAGUGCUAUCCAAAGCGCUGAGCAGGCUGGCGGCCAGUGAGGCCGCCGGCCAGGGGCGCAAAACCAGUGCACACGGGGUUGCCCCCGCCUCCUCCUUCCUCCCAGUCAACGCCGUCUGUGUCUGGCCCAACGGCCUGAGCGUGGCCGAGUUCCUGGGCAGCUUGGAGGAGGGCAUCUGGCGAGACGGCAUCCUCUCCCGGCUCCUGCAGAGGGCAGCCACCUCUGCGCUGGCUGGGGGGGCGGGUGCUGCGAGCCCCCAGCAGUGGGUGGUGCUGGAUGGCACGGCCAGCGCGGUGUGGCUGGAGCCUAUCUCCUCGCUCUUCAGCCCCCGGCCCUCCCUCAGCCUGCCCAGCGGGCAGAAGCUGCAGCCCCCGGAGAACGUCAAGGUCCUCUUUGAGAUGCCCAGUGCUGCCGGGGUGCCCCCCUCCGUCUGCACCCACUGCGCCCUCCUGCACUGCAGCGGCUCCAGCCUCUGGCAGGCGGUGCUGGCCUCUGCGCUGGACCCCGUGUACCGGAUGUACAGCCUGACCCAGCAGAGCCUGGCCAUGCUGCGGGAGCUGGCGGAAGAUGUCUUCCCCCUCACCCUGGCCUUCCUGCGGCAGCACUGCUCCUCUGUCCUGGCUCCCCACGCCAGCCCCCAGAGCCCCGUGGCACAGGGGGUCCAGGAGACCACGGCCUUUGCCAGGAUCCUCCAUGCGCUGCUGGAGCAGCACCUGCGCCGGGAGAAGAUCAGGAGCGUGCCCGCCCAGGAGCUGAAAGUCUCCCUGAGCAGCUCCCUUGGGACCAGUGCUUCCACUAACGCUGCCCGACUGGAUGAGGCCGUCCCUGCACUCCACCACACCCUGGCCCACAGCUUCUUUGCCUUUGCCUACAUCUGGGGCUUUGGGGGUCACCUUCAUCCCAGGCACUGGCCACUCUUUGGGCAGUUUGCCCGCCGGGCCCUCCGCAGGAGCCGCUACCCCCUGCAGCUUCCUCCUGGGGCUUCUGUUUUUGACCUCUUCCCCCUGCUGGAGGAUGGCACCCUGCAGCCGUUCGAUGGGCGGUACCUUUCUUGCCGGGUCAAGAACAUCCCUGCCACCUUCUGUGUCCUCCCACAGUAUGAGCGGGUGGUCUACGUUCUGGACCUGCUCCUGGGUCACCACCAGCCCGCCCUUCUGGUGGGUGAGCCCGGCGGUGGGAAGACGUCCUUUGCCGAGACGCUGGUGCAGCCCAACCACUUGUGCCAGCGAGUGUGCGUCUCCUUCGCGCUGAAGGCGGCUGACCUGCGCCAGCUGCUGCAGAGGAAGUCCCACGAGAAGGGCCCUCUGCCCUUGAGCAGGGCGGCUCGGGCGGCGGCCCUGAAGGGCCUCGGCCUCUUCUUGGUGGAGGACCUCCACAUGGCCCGCCUCGAUCCAGACCGGGGGACGAGCCCCGUGGUGGAGUCGCUGCGCCAGGCCCUGACCCACCAGCAGUUCUACCACACCGACACGCUGGAGCUUCAGCACUUCCCAGCUGGGGGCUUCAACUGCUUCGGCACGCUGUCUGUCCCAGUGCUGGGGGCUGCGCCGCUGUGCCCCCGCUUUGGCCGGCUCUUCACGGCCGUGGUGCUGCCCCCCCUGACCCGGGAAGCCCUGCUGAGCAUGCACAUGCCUGCCGUCUUGGCCUGGCUGGAGAAAUUCCCUCUGCUGACCCGCCACGGCGACUUGGCGGCCGCCCUGGUGAGGGCCUCCGUGGAGGCCUACGAGGCCGUGAAGGGCCAGUUCCCACCCUCCCCGGCCUGCUGCCUCUUCCACUUCUCCCUGCACAGCCUGCGACAGGUGUUCCAGGGACUCUACCUGCUGCGCCCCGGCACGGGCAUCCACCUCAGCUGCCCCCUGGAGGAGCAUGGGGUCAAGAGCAUGUUCCACAGGCGCAGCUCAGCGGGGGCCCGCAUGGCAGGGGCUGGCUACACCGUGGCGCUCAGCGUCCGUCAGAUCACUCGCCUCUGGCUGCAUGAGGCCCUGCGCACCUUCGGGGACCCGCUGCGGGGGGAGAAUCACCGGGCGGCCUGCGGGCAGCUGCUGCUGGAGGUCGCCAUGGCCAAUUUUUGCUCCAAGCGCACCUUGCUGCACGUCGUGCCCUCCCUCGGCCCCCAGAGUUCCCACCACCCCAGCCGCAGCCACAUUUCCUUCCCCCAGACCAGCCUCUCCAGGUCUUGUGCCUUGGCACCUGCCGAGGAGGAGGAGGAGGAGGAGGAGGAAGACUUCCUCCCUGUCCCGGAGAGCCUCCAGGACUCCCCUGGCUGCUCCAAGGCUGACCAGCCUGACCCCUGGGACCCUGUGCUGCAAGCGCCGGCCCUGGCGCUGGAGCCUCCUGACUCAGCGGGAGACCCCACCCUGGAGGAGCUGGAGCAGGAGGGCCCCGAGGCAGAGCCCCAGGAGGUGGAGGAGGAAGGGGGCAGGAAGCGCGAGGCCCCCUUUUUGGUGCCCACCCCUGACCGGCGCCCCCCCACCCCCCACCGCACUGGAUUCUCCAAGAGCAAGCGCCGCCCAUCCUCCAAGAAGGAGACCUCUGGCCCGCUUCUGCCUGGCCACCUGCUCCUGGCGCGGGGGGAGCUGCCCAGAGACAUCAUGUUCAGCAAGGAGCUGGGCCCUGACUGGCACGGUCCCGGUGCCCACAACCCCUACCAGGAGAGGCUCUGGAGAGCUCUGGAGAGCCAGCUCACCCCCUUGCUGCCCCCCAACUUCCUGCUGCCUGUGGUGGUGUUGAAGCACGUGGUGCACUUGUGCCGCCUGCUGUGUGGCCCGGAGAGGCACGGCGCCCUGGUGGCCUUCCGGCGGGGCACGGGCCGGCAGGCGCUGGUGGACCUGGCGGCCCGGGCCACCGCCUCCCUGCUGAUGGAGCUGCCCGCGGAGGCCAACGAGGAGCAGGUGCUGGCGCUUCUGCGACUGGCCAGCUGGCAGGCGGGGGUCCAGGGCCGGCGGGUGCUGCUGCUGGUCCACCCUGGCUUGAGCCCGGCCCCCUUACACCUGGUGAUGGCUCUGAUGGCCGAGGGCACCUGCCCCGGGCUCUACGGCCCCGAAGACACCGCCCCCAUCGUCCAGACCCUGCUGCAGGAGCACCAGGGCAUCAAGCGCUCCAUGCGAGAAGACCUUGUUCUGCAGAGGUUCUUCCAGUUUGUGCGCAACAACCUGCACGUGUUUCUGCUGCUGGGGGCCCCUGGCGGGGGGCAGGGCCCGAGCAGCCUGGGGCUCCCCCCCUCCACCGCCGCCGCCCUUUCCCACCUGCUCUGCAGCCUGAAAGUCUACCAGGCCUGGAGCACCGAGUCCCUGCAGGAGGUGGCCGCCAAGCAUCUCCAGGGCAGACUGAGCCAGGCCUCGGGGAUCGCGCCCGUGGCAGGCUCCUUGCAAACCCACCAGGACCUGGUGCCCUGCAUUGCCAAGGCCGCAGCCCUGAUCCACAGCUCGGCGUCCACCUACAGCAGGUACUUGGCUGCCUGCCUGCCUCUCGUCACUCCAAGGAGCUUCCUUGAUCUCCUGGACACCUCUGCAUGGCUCCUGGGUCGCUUGCAGGAGCAGAAUUCCAAGCGAAUGGACCAGAUGAAGCUGGCUCUGCACAAGAUGGGAGAAGUGAGCGAGAAGCAGCAGGCCCACGCCCGCAACGUGCGGGUCCUGCAGGACAAGUUGCAGAAGGUCAAGCAGCAAGUGAUGGAGAGCCAGCAGGAAGUGGAACGGCAGCAGCAAGUGCUGAAGCAACAGGAGAAGGAAUGCCAGCUGUAUGAGGCACGGAUCGAUGCCCUCACCAAGGAGCGCGAUGAGCUGGAGAAGGCGAAGGAGCUGGCCAUGAGGAAGAUGAGCAAAGACUAUAAGGCCGCCCUGGCAGGCUUGCGGGCCCAGGACGUUGAGGAGCUGCGUAGCUACCGACAACCUCCAGAACAAGUGGUGUGGGUGGCAGACAUCCUCUGCAAGAUGUUUGGGGAGAAGCCGGGCUGGGAGAAUGCAAAGCAGAUGCUCUGUCAAGAGGACUUCUACCAAGAGUUGGUCUUCUACCCCAAAGAUACCAUAGCUAAUGACCUCUUCUGGGAGCUGGGCGAGGCGGUGGCUGAGAACGACGUCUGCGCGGCGGCCUCCUCCAUCAGGAGCGCCAGCCGAGCGGCUGCGGCCCUCUGGCAGUGGAUCUGUGCCGUCUACUGGUACCACCAGGCACUGCGUAACUGGCAGCCGUCCAUGGAGAGGCUGGAACUCUGCGAUGCCCAGAUCAGCUCAGAAAAAGCGCACCUGGGCCGCAGCCGCUUGCUCUCGGAGCAGCUGAGGGACACCACCCGGGCACGCAUCAAGGAGCUGAAGGAGACCCAGCAGCACCAGCAGCGGCUGCUGCAACAGCUGACCCAGUCUGUGCAAGCCAGGGAGGAGGCCACCACUGUGGAGAGCUCUGUGGCAGAGCACAUGGCCAGCUGGACAGUGGUCACUCAGAUGCUGGAGCAGCAGCAAAGCACGGUGCAUGGGGAUGCCUUGCUCUGCGCAGCUGCCCUCACCUACCUGGGGCCGUUCCCCCCUGCGCGGCGAGAAGAGCUGCUCGGGAAGUGGCAGGCGGUGUGCGCGGGGGCCCGGGUCUGCCUGGGGCCCGACGACGUCGCCCGACUGGUGCAGCAGGAGCUGCCCUGCCCUGGCUCGGCCUCCGCGGGCCCGCCCCUGCUGCCCGUGCAGCAGCCCUUCCGCCUGGUCUCCUUGCUCAGCUCUGCGCGAGAGCAGCGCAUCUGGAACCGGACCCGUAAGCCCAAGGACCCCGAGAGCCGCCUGGCUGGCAUACUGCUGCACUCAGAGGCCCGCCGGCGAGCUCACCGCUGGCCUCUGCUGGUGGACCCCAAUAAGCAGGCCACGGUCUGGCUGCUCACGACUGGGGCCAUGGACGAGGCGGAAUCCCAGGCCUUGCUCAGUGAAGAACUGGUACCGGACAUGGUGGAGCAAGGGGACUAUGACGAAAUGCCCACGGACGACUUGGAGGUGCUGUCGCUGGCAGACCCUGACCUGGAGCAGUGUCUCCGGAGCGCAGCCAGUGCCGGCUUCCCCGUGCUGCUGGUGGACUUCGAAAAGAACAUCCCCUGGUGUCCAAUUCUCGAGCAGCUGAUGCAGAAAGAGACCUUGCAGGGAGCUCCGACUGCCUCCUCGGAGACCAUGAAGGGGAUACCGGUGUCGUCCUCCUUCCAGCUCUAUCUGUGCGUCAACCUACCUCUGGAGGCUUUGGCUGCAGAACUGGAUCCAAAGGUGCUGAAGCUCCUGACUGUGAUCGACCUGAGACUCAGCCCCGCGGCGCUGGAGGAGCUGUUGCUGGGGGAGGUGCUCCGCUCCGAGCGCCACGAGAUCCUGAGGCACCGCCAGGCCCUGGAACUGGGGGUCCUGCAGCUGGAGGCCAAGCUGGAGGCCACAGAGGAGGAGCUGGUGGCGCUGAUUUCCAAGCCGCAGCGGUCUCUACUGGAGGAGGAGAACUUCAUGCCGAUGGUGCAGCUGCUGCAGACCCAGAUCCAGGCUUUGCACGCCACCCACCAGCACAUGGUCUCCCUGUACCAGGACCAGGCCGCUCUGUGCAACAAGUACCGGCCGGUGGCGCGCCUGGGGGUGGCGCUUCGCCUGUCCCUCCAGAAGCUGGGCCGCCUCCACCCGCUCUACCUCUUCCCCUCCCACGCAUGCAUCAGCCACAUGCGCCACGCCCUGCUCUCCACCAAGCGGCCCGACACCGACAAGCACGAGUCUCUCGAGGCCCGCCUGCUGGAGCUCAGCCGGGCCGUGCUCCGGCAUCUGCUCACAGAACCCCUGCCCGGCCUGCGGGAGGUGGACCGCCUCCUCUACUUCUUCCUAGGGGCCCUGGACAUGCUGCAGGUGGCCGGCGACUCCAGCCCGCUUGAGUACCUGGCCUUCUUCCAGGGCUUUCGGGAGCCGGCAGCCAAGGAGCUGCUGCGGCCCCUGGCCAGCGUGCCCCGCCCCUGCUGGGUGAGCCAGGAGGCCUGGGAGGAGUGCCGCUUGCUGGAGAGCCUCCCGGGCUUCCAGGGGCUCCUGGCGUCUCUGGCCAGGCGCCCCACUCAGUGGCAGGAGUACUUCCGCCUGCCCUCCACGGUGGUGGGGCUGGCCCUCUGCCCCAGCCACACCCACCUCAGCCCAUUCCAGCGCGCCAUCCUCUGGCGCAUCCUGUGCCCGGAGGCCAUGAGCAGCGUCAUCUGUGACCUCACCACCUGCCUGCUGGGCUGGUCCCCCUCAGAGGACGUGGUGAUCACCCAUGCGUACUCCUACAGCCGGACCGACCAGCCCAUCAUCUUCCUCGUGCCCCCCGCAGGAUCUCCGGGCUCCUUCACGCCCCCGCUCCACUGGAUCGAGCAGAUGGCCCAGCAGCAAGGACGAGUGGGGAAACUGGCGGUCAUUUCCUUUGGGACCCCUGACGCUGGCGGCCGUGUGUGGCGGAUGCUGCCCUUCUGUGCCAAGAAAGGCAAGUGGCUGGUGCUCAACAAUUGCCACCUCCAGGAGCAGUGGGACCCCGAGGUGCUGGGGCAGCUGGAUCUGGUGCUGAACUUGCAGGCAGGGGACGCUGAAGGGGGAGCUUUCGAGAUCCACCCCAAGUUCCGCCUCUGGUUCAUCACUGCAGCAGAUGUCCCAGAAUCCGUGCCAGGGCCCGUGUAUCGGAACGGCGUGGUCUUUUUCUGCGAGAUGCCCCUGGAGCUCAAAAGCACCCUGGCGCGCUCGCACCGGCUGCUGCAGGGACAGGUGCCAGGCCUGGACACCAACCAGGGGCUGGCGCUGCUGGUGCUGUACGCUACUCUGUGCUACCGGCAGGCUUACGGCCAGUGGAUUCAGGCGGCCUCCUACCUGUGGAGCCACGUGGAACUCUGGGAAGGCUUCAAGGCCCAGGAGCGGCUGAGCAGGCUGAUGGUCAGCCCUGAAGCAGCCCUGCAGGAGCUGGCAGGAAGCAUCCCUUACGGGGGUCACAUCCUGGACCGUGGAGAUGCAGAGGCCGUGCAGAGCCUGAGCCAGCAGUGCCUGGCUUCCGAUGUGCACCUGCUGCCAGGGCCCGGCCUGCCAAGCCUCCUAGCUGCUGUCCGCGGCAGCCCCAGCCCAGAGCUGUCCGAGGAAGAGGUGGUGGCUGCCACCCAGGCACGGAUCGAGCAGCUCCCCAGCCCCAUGGAGCCGGCCUGGGUGGGCCUGUGCAACAGCAUGCAGCGGGAACUGGUGGCUAGCCGCAGCCAGGCCAUGCUGUCCGCCCUGCAGGCCGCCCAGGGCCUGUGGCAGCCGCGGCCCCCGCCGAGCCGAUGCCCGAAAGCGGCUCUGGAGGAGCUGGUGGGGGAGGGGCUGGAACUGACGCAGGAGCUGGUGGGGCAGCUGGAGGAAUGCGGGUGGGAGGUGGGCGUCCGUGUCCACCCGCCCAAGGGGCAGCCCCGCCCCAAGCCCCGCCCCCUGCAGCGCUUCCUCCUGGAGGAGGCCGGCAGCCUCCGGGCCCUGCUGCAGCAGGUGCAGAGAGACCUGCAGUGCGCCCAGGAGCACCUGCAAGGGCCCCCCUGCCCCUCCCCCCGCUGUGCUGCCAUCCUGUGGGAGCUGGAGCGAGGCAGAGUCCCCCGCCCGUGGCUGCAACACACCCCCACCGGCCCCCAGCCCCCCCAGGCCUGGCUCAAGACGCUCCACUGCCGCUGCCAGCUCCUCACCCACUACCUGCAGUCCCAGACAGGGGUGCCCUACCAGCUGGCUGCCUUCCACCACCCUCAGCGCCUCUUCCUGGCCCUGCGGCAGGAGACUGCCCGCGCGGAGAAACAGGAGCUCAGCCGCUACUCCCUGGAGCAACAGGUUCUGCCCACGAUGCUGCCCCCCAGCAAUGCUCCCGACAAGGGGGGGCUCUACCUGACUGGCCUGGAGCUACGCCACGCCCGCUGGGACGCCCACAGCAGCCAGCUACGAGAGGCGCUCUCAGCCCAGCUCUGCAAGCUACCAGCCGUCUGGGUCCAAGCCACCUACCAGCCCUGGAAGAUGCCCUCUCACGUGCCCACUUACCAGUGCCCUGUGUUCCUUGGGGCACCUGAGGCCUUUGUGCCCUUCGGCAGCCAGCGGGCCGUCACACACAUAGCCCUGCCCUGCCAGCUGGCCCCAGAGGCGUGCGCUCAGCGGCGGAUCCACGCUGUCAGCGUCCUGCACGAAGGGGAUUUGGCCCUAUGA